AUGAAGGCACUUUACCAUCUUUUCUCAAGAGUAUGCCAAACCAGCACCGCACAUUUUACACUCGCGUUCAACAUUUUCGGCAUCCUUUUAUCUCUGAUAGUUACCAUCGUCUUCACUCUUCAAUCUUCACCGCCGGCUUCAUUCCAAUACUUAGUGGCACGAGAGCGCAUCCUGGCCAGGCCAAUACGCGGCCGAAUCCAUAUUCACCGUGACAGGCAUGUCGACAAUGACUGCGUGGUUUUCAUUCGCUGCAAUGGACGAGAAUUCCAUAUCGAGCUGUCGCCUUUCUUCUUGUGCAAUUCACCUUCCAUCUCCACUCGGUACGACAAGUUCAUGGCCGCACCCAGAGAUGAAGUUGAGAUGGACGCAGAGGAAGAACAUCCGGAAGAGAUAGUCGCCAGCUUUCAUGACUGGCUCAUCGACGUCUUUAAGCCACCCCUGCUUUCCGAAUAUCUUUUCCCUGAGACACAUCGAUGUCGAUUCGAAUCAGAAGUCGACAAGCCCUUCCCUAUUUAUAUGCCAGACGAGGAGAGUGAGUUUGCGGAACCUCUCUGCCAUAUCAGGCCAGACCUCGCAAGAGAAGUCGAGCGAUAUGUCAAGUUCUUCGAUCCGUCUGUGGUCCGAGUCUCGUUUCAGCGCCCAAAACAGGCACUUAACGACAAUCCUACUCGAGUUCUGGUCUAUUUGGAUGGCUCGGGUGAGAUGACAACUUGCUUUUUCAAGGGAUUCUCUCCUGGGGAAGACGACCGCCUUGAGAAAGAAGUGGAAGCCCAUCUUCGAAUCCUCAAGUCCAACGUCGUGCCCGAGGCGCGCGUGAUCCGUCUGCUUGGCGUUGUAGCAGUCGCGGAUGGCAGAGUAGCAGGUUUGCUACUUACUUAUGUCGACUGCCGCCGCGAUUACGACGGGAUUCUAGACGGCAUCUAUCUACGUCGCACGCCGGUCUCGCUAAGGGAACGUUGGAUAGCCCAGAUCAGAGAAGCGGUUCAGCAGCUCCAUGAGGGAGGCGCUAUCUGGGGGGAUGCGAAGGCCGACAACGUCCUGAUCGAUAAGAACGAUGAUGCUUGGCUGAUCGACUUUGGCGGUGGUUAUACUGAAGGCUGGGUCGACAAAGACAAGACUGACACGAAGGAGGGGGAUUUGCAGGGGGUGGAGAGAAUUGCUGAAUAUCUGUUUAGCGAGGAGUAUGAGUCUGCCUCGUCAGAUGAACAGUUUGACUUUGACUCGGCGUCGGAGUAA